AUGGGUGAAAGCACCAACCCCCGCGCCAAGCUCCGUUUCGACCGACGUGUACGGUUGGAGUUUCGCGGCGCUACCAUCACCUCGGACGCCGGACUGCUGGCCUGCCGCGAGUUGGAUGAUGCACUGGGACUGACGGAGACGGCGGAUGAGUGUCUGCAGGAGAGUCGGGGCGGUCGUAACGUGCAGCACCGAUUGGUGGGCCUUCUCAGGCAGUCGGUGUACAGUCGUCUGGCGGGCUACGAGGAUACCAACGACGCUGAACGGCUGGCCCAGGACCCGACGAUGCGGAUCAUCGUUGGACGGCGAGGUGGUCCUGAAAGACCGGCCGCCAGCACCAACACCAUGAGCCGGUUCGAGACCGAGGUGCUUACCCAAGACGGCAACGUGGAGGGGUUGGGCCGACUGAACGCUAAGUGGGUGGACGGAGCUAUGUCCCGCACGCCGCACCGGCGGGUGAUCUUGGACAUGGACAGUUCGGAGAGUCCGGUACAUGGAGAACAGGAGGGAGCGUCGUACAACGGUCACUUUGGGAGCACGUGCUAUCACCCUUUGUUCGUGUUCAACCAGUUCGGUGACUGCGAGGGCGCGAUGCUCCGUGCGGGGAACGUACAUAGCGCGCACAGGUGGCGUGAUGUAUUGGAUCCGAUCCUGUCUCGCUACGGGGCGACAGGAGUGCGCCGGUACUUUCGCGCCGAUGCCGCAUUCGCCAAGCCGGACAUCUAUGAGUACCUGGAGGAGCGGCGAGUCUUCUACGCCAUACGGCUGCCGAGCAACAAAGUGCUGCAAUACGAGAUCGCUCCACUGCUGAUACGACCUGUGGGGAGGCCGCCGAAGCGUCCAGUGAUCCUAUACGACGACUUUUGGUAUCGUGCUGAGAGUUGGGACCGCGCUCGGCGGGUGGUGGCCAAGGUGGAGUGGCAUAGGGGAGAGCUGUUCCCUCGGGUGGGCUUCAUCGUCACGAACAUGACGGCUGGCCCCGAAGGAGUGGUGCGAUUCUACAAUGGUCGAGGGACAGCCGAGCAGUGGAUCAAGGAGGGGAAGUACGCCCUGAACUGGACUCGGCUGUCGUGCCAUCGGUUCGUGGCCAACCGGGUGCGUCUGUCUCUGUUCAUUCUGGCGUACAACCUUGGGAACUUCCUUCGCCGGCUGUGUCUGCCCAAGGCGGUCAAGCACUGGUCGCUGCGGAGCGUGCAGGUCAAGCUGAUCAAGAUGGGAGGCCGUCUGGUGCGGCACUCCCGGCGGUUGAUCUUUCAGUGUCCGAGGUGUCGGUUCCUCGACGGUUGUUCGAGGGAGUGUUGGAUCGUAUCGGCCGGUUAUCGCCGGCGCCAAGCUGAGGGAGGGUACAACCACGAUCUUGCCAAGAGGGGAGAGCGCUCCAGGGAGUCGGCGCAUGUCUCAAUGCGCUGUGCACCCCACUGGCGGGGCUCGAAGACGAUGAUAUGA